GAAUCUUAUACUUCCCAAUUGUCCUUCUGAGUGUGGGACUUAGUCAUCUGUUCCAUUGGUUGGCCUCAUGCAAUGAUUGGCGGAUGGUCCUCUGACUCAUUUGAUAAGCAGAUUAGCCACCCUCAGGUCCCCCCAAAUAAAAGAAAGUAUCUAGAUCCUCUUGUUGGUCUCGAUCAUCACCAUGGCUUUCAUGAAUACCACCUCCAGCAUUGCUAUGGCCCUUGCUGGCAAGACGGCCUCUGUCGAUAUCCCCAAGCCGCGCUCCGGUUUCACCCCGGGCGGUCGUGACUCCGCUCGUCCGGGGCAUCCUGCCAUGUUGCCUACUCCGCCCAACUCCAUUUCCCCCACUUUGCCUCCGCAGGGCUUCAGACGCCAGGGCGCUAAUCACCCUGGAUACUCCCCGCUGAGCUCCUCGCAUGUGGAGUCCGAUGUUGAGCUCGGAGAUGCCGCCGAUCAUACGAACAAUUCGAAUGAAGCUCGUCCGUCGGCUCAUGAUCUAGAUAGCACCGGGGCUAUCACGCCCGGCAUGUUGGCCAAGUGCCAUCUCCCGGAAAUCAUGCUGCAGCAUGGCCCUUUGGCUAUUCGCCACCUGAUGGGCUAUUUGACCACUAGUGUUCCGGGAUUCUCAGGCAUCCCGCCUGCCAAAGCCCGCAGGCUGGUGGUCGCUGCGCUGGAAGGUCGAGGGAGCGAAGACAAGAGUGGCGGUCGUGAUGGUGAUGUUAUCUUCGAGAAGGUCGGCUGGGGACGCUGGGAUGCUCGCCGUCGUGGUGAGCCUUUGCGGGAUGCGCAACACCUCAACGUGUCGCCACCCGCCAGUAUCUCCAACUCUUUCCCACAACGGGGCAUGCAGAUCCCUACGAAGCGGGGAAGCGUUCAGCCCUAUGGUAGUAGCGUCACUGGCGACUCCGCUGUCUUCUCUUACUCGGAGAUGGACUACGGUGGACAUGAUGUCAGCAUGCUGGAACAUGAGGCUGACAAGAUGUCACUCGACGGAAACGAGCGCGAGUACUGCUCGUCGUCUGAGGCCCCGGACGACGAGAUGCAGGACGAAGACUGGGGCGAAGAAGACAUCACAGACGAGGAAGAUUGGGCACAGAUAGGUGCUGAUGCGCUUCGCGCACGAUCAUUGAACGCCUCGGGAGGCUUCGUGAAUGGGACACAUAAUUCGCCACAGCUGCGCGGCGGAGGACCUGCUGCGUCGUCGCUGGCGAAGUCUGCACCGCGCAGAUUACCGGUUCAACAACACGGCUUUACCCUCCCUGAGGGUGUCAUGGGUGACCGCGAGGAGCGUGCUGCAGUCGAGGCGCUCCUCCGACUCGGAUCAAUGUAAUCAUAUAUAAACUUUUGGCAGGCGUUUGUCAAGAUCAUCUUGUGUUCUUGCAACCCUGCAACGUCUCUUUGAGACUUGAGGCUGGUCCCAUUUCCUGAUACAUACUUUUACGUUCUACGAUUACUUUUCUUGUUCAAAGAAUACACCAGCAAGCUGGACGACGUUAUCGAUACGACUGGUUCGAUCCUGACGAUG